UCCAUAGAGCUGAAGAUGGCAGACUACUCAAACAAGCUCUACCAGCAGCUGGAGCAGGAGACAGGAGUGAACACAGGGUACGUGAAGACAGGCUCCAUCUCCCUGGCCCAGACCCAGGACCGCCUCAUCUCCCUGAAGCGCAUCGCCUCCUCCCUCAAAGUCAUGGGGAUCCCCUGUGAAAUCAUCACCCCAAAGGACGUGGCACAGCUCCACCCACUCGUCAACAUCCAUGACCUGGUGGGGGCCAUGUAUGUGCCAGAAGAUGCUCUGGUGUCAUCUGCCAAUGUGAGUCUCGCUCUGGCAACCGCUGCCUCACGGAAUGGUGUCCAGAUCCACGAGCGGACGAGCGUCAGCCACGUCUCAGUCCAGAAGGGUCGAGUGACAGCAGUGGAGACUGACAGGGGACAGAUUCAGUGCCAGUACUUUGUCAACUGUGCUGGCCAGUGGGCCUAUGAGUUGGGCCACUCUGUGGAGGAACCAGUCAACAUCCCACUCCAUGCCUGUGAACACUUCUACCUCCUGACUCAUCCCUUGAAAGAACCUCUGCCAAGCAACAUACCAACUGUGGUGGACCCAGAUGGCAGGAUCUACAUCCGCAACUGGCAGGGUGGCAUCCUCUCAGGGGGCUUUGAGAAGAACCCCAAACCUCUCUUCACAGAAGGAAGGAACCAGCUGGAGAUUCAUAACCUUCAAGAAGAUUGGGAUCAUUUUGAGCCGCUGCUGAGUGCCCUGCUGCGCAGGAUGCCCGAGCUGGAGGCCCUGCAGAUCAUGCAGCUGGUGAACUGCCCGGAGUCCUUCACCCCCGACAUGCGCUGCAUCAUGGGAGAGUCGCCCACCGUCCUGGGAUACUUCGUCCUGGCUGGCAUGAACUCUGCUGGCAUCUCUUAUGGUGGGGGAGCAGGCAAGUACCUGGCAGAGUGGAUGGUCAAUGGGUAUCCAACAGACAACGUUUGGCCUCUGGACCUGAAGCGCUUCGGGAGCCUGCAGAGCAGCCGCACUUUCCUCCGGCACCGCGUGAUGGAAGUGAUGCCCCUCAUGUGUGACCUGAAAGUGCCCCGCUGGGACUUCCAGACGGGCAGGCAGCUGCGGACCUCACCGCUGUACGACCGCCUGGACGCGCAGGGAGCUCGCUGGAUGGAGAAGCAUGGCUUUGAGAGAGUCAAGUAUUUUGUCCCACCUGGGAAAGAUCUGCUGGAUUUGGAUCAGAGCAAAACCUUCUACAAACCAGACUGGUUUGAUAUCGUGGGCUCAGAGGUCAAGUGCUGCAAGGAAGCAGUUUGUGUCAUUGACAUGUCAUCCUUUACCAAGUUUGAAAUAAGUUCCACAGGAGACCAGGCCCUGGAGAGCCUGCAGUACCUCUUCUCCAAUGACCUGGAUGUGCCAGUUGGGCAUGUGGUGCACACUGGCAUGCUCAACGAGAAGGGAGGCUACGAGAACGACUGCAGCAUAGCGCGGCUGAGCAAACGCAGCUUCUUCAUGAUUUCCCCUACUGACCAACAAGUCCAUUGCUGGGCCUGGCUGAAGAAACGCUUGCCCGAGGACAGUGGCCUGACCAUGGAAGAUGUGACCUGGAAGUACACAGCUCUCAAUCUGAUUGGUCCCCGUGCUGUGGAUGUCCUCUCAGAGCUGUCCUAUGCCCCAAUGACUGCAGAACACUUUCCCUCUCUCUUCUGCAAGGAGAUGAGCGUGGGCUAUGCCAACGGCAUCCGUGUGAUGAGCAUCACUCACACAGGAGAGCCUGGAUUCGUGCUCUAUAUCCCCAUAGAGUAUGCCCUGCACGUCUACAACGAGGUGAUGAACAUGGGGCAGAAGUACGGGAUCCGGAACGCCGGUUACUACGCGCUCCGCAGCCUGCGCAUCGAGAAGUUCUUCGCCUUCUGGGGGCAGGAUCUGGACGCUUUUACCACUCCCAUGGAGUGUGGGCGCGAGUUCCAGGUCAAGCUGGACAAGGGAGUGCAGUUCGUCGGGCAGGAGGCGCUGCUGGAGCAGAAGCAACAGGGGGUCUACAAGCGCUUCACCAUGUUCAUCCUGGAGGACCACGACACGGACACGGACCUGUGGCCCUGGUGGGGGGAGCCCAUCUUCCGCAACGGCCGCUACGUGGGCAAGACCACCAGCAGCGCCUACAGCUACACGCUGGAGCGCCACGUCUGCCUGGGCUUCGUGCACCACUUCGACGAGAAGACAGGGCAGGAGCUGGUGGUCACCACUGACUUCAUCAACCAGGGCGAGUACCAGAUCGACAUCGCCGGGCAGCGCUUCCAGGCCAAGGCCAAGCUCUACCCUUUCAGCUCCCUCUUCGCGCAGCGGCGCCGCAAGGAGGAGGUGGAACUGAGCGGCUACCAGAGGGAAUAG